ACAUUAGAAAUUGUAAAAGCUGAAUAAAAUUUGGUCUAAAACGAAGCAAUUGAAUGUUAAAACUGUCAAUAUGAGAUUGUAGAUUUGUUAAAAGUGUAUUUUUAUUAGAUAAGGGUGCAAAUAUAACAAGUGAAGAUGGCCAUCGGUGAACUUAUCUCAAGUUUAUCGUCUAACCCAUAUUUUGGGGCUGGCUUCGGACUGUUCGGAGUAGGAGCCAGUGCAGCGAUACUGAGGAAAGGUCUUCAGGGUGCUGUGGUGCUAUUUCGUCGGCAUAUGAUGAUCACUCUGGAAGUGCCCUGCAGAGACAAAUCGUACCAAUGGCUUUUAAAAUGGAUCACCAUUAAGGGAGCGAGAAAGACACAACAUUUGAGUGUGGAGACGACAUUCUUACAGAAUGACAACGGAAAAAUUCGAACCACUUACGACUUUAUACCGAGCAUUGGAAAACAUUUAUUUCAAUACAAAAGAAAUUGGAUUCAAGUGGAGCGCACAAGGGAGCAACAAACGUUAGAUUUACACAUGGGAGUGCCAUGGGAAUCUGUGACGUUGACAGCGUUUGGCAAUAACAAACAAAUCUACUUUGAUAUCCUGGAGGAGGCAAGACAAUUAGCCUUGCAGGCGACUGAAGGAAAAACACUUAUGUACACGGCAAUGGGCUCGGAAUGGAGACCAUUUGGACAUCCCCGGCGACGUAGACCUGCCAGUUCAGUUGUCUUAGACGAGGGCAUUUCGAGUAGAAUCAUUGCGGACUGUAAGGAUUUCAUUGGAAACUCCUUGUGGUACACACAGCGAGGAAUUCCAUACCGCAGAGGCUACUUGUUAUAUGGUCCUCCAGGAUGUGGCAAAUCAAGUUUUAUAACUGCCUUGGCUGGCGAAUUGGAGUACGGCAUUUGUUUGCUAAACUUGUCGGAGCGUGGACUCACCGAUGAUAGGCUAAAUCAUCUAAUGAACGUGGCCCCAGAACAAACUAUAAUCCUACUUGAAGAUAUUGAUGCUGCAUUUAUUUCGAGAGAAGCGACUUUACAGCAAAAGUCUGCUUAUGACGGCUUGAAUCGCAUCACAUUCAGUGGCUUGUUGAACUGCCUCGAUGGCGUUGCUUCCACAGAAGCUCGCAUUGUUUUUAUGACCACCAAUUACCUCGAUCGUUUAGAUCCAGCUUUAAUUAGACCAGGUCGCAUCGAUUUAAAGGAAUACAUUGGCUAUUGUACUCAACAUCAGCUCGAGCAAAUGUUUAAAAAAUUCUUCGGAGAGCAAGAAGUUGCCAAAUCGACGGAAUUCGCUCAACGAAUUGUUGCCACAGGUCGCACCGUGAGUCCAGCGCAAAUUCAAGGGUUCUUCAUGAGACACAAGUCUUCCCCUCCACAGCUAGUUGUGGACAGUUGUCAUAGUAUUUGGGAAAGCGAUGAAAAAAUAGCUAUUAGUUACGUUAAUUAAAUUGUUAAUUUUCCAAAAUGUUGUGUACAAAAUAAAAUUGUAAAUUGCAACUUUA